AUGACGCCUCAAAAGCUACUGGUAUGGUACAAUACACUGUAUUCGCGCACGGUUGACCUCGUCGGGGAUUACGCGGGUGAUGAGCUCUUCAUCAUCGAUGGCGACUCUCUCCUGCUGCAGUCGUUUUCUGAUAGGAAACUCGACUUUUCGCCCGGUUUCCAAGACUUGCACGCGACAUAUUUUGUGGAGACUCUUCUGCACAAGCUCCAAAAACGGAACUGCGUCUUUCAUAUUGUGUUUUUUGCAGAAAAUACCCACCUAUGCGUGCCUGUUGGGGUAUUGGGCAGACUUCGCUACAGGUACCUCCUUGCCCGAGAGGCGAUUAUCCGGCAUCUCAGAGAGAAUAUUCCUGCCGCGGGCUCUGUAGAGUGGAUCAAGGAAUUCUCCAGCUACAAGUCCUCUGAUUUCCGCUCAUAUUUGCUAAGGUCUGGAGCGUACUUCUUCAUGUGUCAUGACGGAGCAUUUCCUGAAUCUUCGGCCACCAAGGUUACGGUGGAUAGCUACAACGAGUCAGAUACCCCAUUCGAAGAGUCUGAUGCGGCGGAUGCUGAGAAAACACAUAAGGAGCAAGCCGUCGAUAACUCUCUCCCCAAGGUACAGUACCGGAUUGACCUGCGGAGAAUGAUCUACUGGUUCAUGAACCACGGGUACAAUAUCGCACUGAUCAACAGCUUGAGAUUCAAGGACACCAAGGUCAUCUCAAUGAUCCUGGAACGACCUACAAGAAACACUGAAAAGUGUCGUUUGAACACACAGCAGGACGAUGAUGCCGUAGAGACUGAACACCCUGGCAACAGUGACAAAGACGGCUUUGGUCAUGAUUAUUUACCAGGACAAGAGGAUGACACGCAACUGUGUGUCGUCGAUCCCGGCGCAGCGCCGUUUCAGGAGCAGAAGUAUGGUUUUCGCAUGUUUGCGGAUAUUCCAGGCACUAUUUAUGAAAAUUCCGGGGAACUGUCGGAAACAGGAACGAUUGAUUCACAGCUCCUGAAAAGUGUUUUGGCCACUCUGGGGACCAUCCGCCCCGAAUUCACACAGCGGGAGUAUUUGAUCGUUGCCACCCUUAUCACGAUGGUUGAGUCGGGCAGCAUCGCCGAGCAUGAGCUCGGAGCAGCACGCGCGAUGCUUUUGCACAUGAUAUUUCUGCGUGAUUGUAGACUUUCAGACCGCUCAAUUCCCCAAGUGCCUACCGUUGGAGGACAGAACUUCUUGGACCACUUCGCAGAAAGUUGCCUUGGCAUAUUGACAUCACUAGUCUGGCAAGACGCAAUGACAUCUAUCAAAGCCGCAUGCGAUUUAUACGAUCUUCUCGACGGAAGAUUAUUCCUGGUCUUGUGGUCACAGAUAGAUCAUUGGGAUGAAUUCCACAAGAAUGGCUCAUCUGUCUGGUCUGACUUUGAGGAUCUAUGCCUGGCACUCAAGGAUCUCUGCGACUUUAGCGUAAUCUCCCAGGCUCCUGUCCCGGAUGAGGGGCCUCAAAAAGGAAAAGGAGGAUUUGCGGACAAGUCAAAAGCAGGGAGGAAAGCUCGCCAGGCCAAAGAGUUGCAAGAGAGUUGCAACGAGGAGAGGUCCAACGUAGAUAUUCGCGUUUUACCAUUCAGCAAUCCUGUGUUUGACGCUCAUUUGCAGCCUGUCUACCUGUCCAUUGACGAGUCCGCCGGAGAGUUUGCCGCCGCGAGGGCAUCAAAGACAUUCGAGGAGCUAAGCCAUUGGCACAACUCUCGGCGACCCGUCGAUCACAAAGCUGGCUUUACGAUGACUGCACGGCAAAAAGUCCUUGCUCUGCGACGGAACGACUUCUUUAUGACUGAAAUGAGGGAUUAUGCUGCUAGCUUGACAAACGUGACUGGUGGCAUACUUGAACCACAAAGUGUGUUCGUGGCCUCCGCUAAAGACCGAGAGAAAGUGAGCACGAACAUUGAAAACCCCAGCGACAGCACAACAUUACCACAUCAGUCGACAAAGAAAAAGGCCCGAAAGUUAACGAAGCCAUCGGUGCGGGAUGCAGCUGCCUCUUUCACUCAAGAGAAGCGUAGGGAGGCGCACGAAAAACAAAUCAAGCAGUGGAAACUUAAGAGGGAGGGGUUCGACAAAGAAAAUGACCUCGUCAGUCGCUAUUUCAAGGCAAAGCAGUAUUUUUCCAGCAUGCCAAAAGACAAACGAGGUCCCGUGGAAGCCGAAAUUCUAACCUAUCAACUCGACACGUUAGUUCGUAUACUCUUGACCAAUACCGAGAAUCAGGAAAGGCAUUUCCGGAUAACGAUCCUAGCGUUGAUCUGGGAAGUCGUCUGGCAGAUAUCGAAACUGCAAAAUUCAAUCACGGUAGACGUAGCAACCUGUGUAACUGGUGUCACCAACACACUUGGUUUGCCGGAUGUGGAUCUCGAAGUCCGGAGCGACCAGAAGUUGUCGUUUGAGUUUUCCGGGCUUACGUUGAAGAAAUCGGAUCUCAGCACCUCACUGUCAGCGCUUGAAUUCCAGCUGACAUACACUGGCCCCUUCAUGGAUCGCGAUAUGGACUCGGCGCCGGACAGUCGUAUCCAUGAUUUUGAACCUGACAAGUGGCAACGAGAUGUCUUGGACCAGAUUGACGCCAAGAAGAGCGUGUUUGUGGUUGCCCCGACUAGCGCGGGAAAGACCUUUAUCUCCUUCUACGCCAUGAAACAGAUUCUGGAAGACGAUAACGACGGGGUUCUUGUCUAUGUGGCACCGACAAAGGCCCUGGUAAACCAGAUCGCCGCAGAGGUUCAAGCGCGAUUCUCAAAGUCGUAUCCGAGUAAGUUCAGCGGCAGGUCAGUGUGGGCUAUACAUACGCGCGAUUACCGCAUCAACAGCCCUGUUGGUUGCCAGGUGCUCAUUACGGUGCCGCACAUUCUCCAGAUCAUGCUACUUGCGCCGGCCAAUGCCAAUUCUUGGUCAUCCAGAGUGAGGAGAAUCAUCUUUGACGAGAUCCACUGCAUCGGACAGGCGGAGGACGGCGUUGUGUGGGAGCAGCUUCUACUGAUGUCACCGAGUCCCAUCAUCGCCCUUUCUGCUACCGUGGGCAAUCCUCAAGAGUUCUUCAACUGGUUAAGCCUAACGCAGAAGGCAAAUGGUGUCGACUUGAAGAUGAUCGAGCAUCGGCAACGAUACUCGGACCUCCGCAAGUAUAUCUAUCAUCCGCCGGAGCAGUUCUCCUUCAGUGGGUUGUCGGAACCUCAGCGAAUGUCUCCUCUGGGUCUCGAAGACGUUCCUGGCUUGGCUUUCAUUCACCCAGUUGCCAGUCUUGUGGACCGCUCAAGAGGCAUGCCAGACGACCUGAGUUUUGAAUCGCGGGAUUGUCUGAUGCUUUGGAAGGCUAUGAAAAAACACGAGACCCCAGAGUUCCCUGUGGACAGAUCGCUGGAUCCAACUCGUUGCCUCCCUAAGAUUGUUCACAAGGCAGACGUGGUGCGGUGGGAAACAAAACUCAAGGCCCUGCUGACAGAAUGGAUCAUAAACAAUGCGUCGCCGUUGAACCUGGUCUUAAAUGAAUUGACGGAAUCCACAGAAUGUGUAAAGCCCAAACUAGUCACAUUUUCCAAGGAACCACGUACUGUGGGCGCACCAGUUUCAAUUGAUUUCGACAAUCUUCUCAGCACCACACUUCCCCUGGUUUGCUCAUUGCACGAUCAGAACGCACUGCCUGCGUUAUUCUUCAACUACGACCGGAGCAUGUGCGAACGCAUCUGCCGAAGACUCCUCGACGAUCUCGUGACUGCCGAAGAGAGCUGGAAGGCAUUGAGUCCGGUUUGGAAGAGGAAGUUGGCAAAGUGGGAGGAAUGGAAAAGAGAUCAAGAAAAGCUCGCUAGGAAGCGUAUGCCUAAGGCUCCCAAAAAGGGUGCCGCGGAUGGCAACGACAUGUCUCGCGCAGAACGCCUGCGUGAAGCCGCUUCGGCAGAGGCAAGUCAGUUUGAGUCAUUCAACCCCGAUGCCCCCGUGGAUGGCUUUCAUGUGGCCAACGUCAAAAAACUGUCCGCUUCCACCUUUGGGGAAUAUGCGGUGCAGCUUCGCCGACGUGAAGUGGCCGAAUGGCUGAUUACGGCGCUGCGACGAGGGAUCGGCGUCCACCAUGCCGGUAUGAAUCGCAAAUACCGUCAAGUUUGUGAGAUGCUCUUCCGCAAGGGGUACCUGCGCGUUGUCAUAGCCACUGGGACACUGGCUCUGGGUAUCAACAUGCCGUGCAAAACGGUGGUCUUCUCUGGCGAUUCAAUCUUUCUGACCGCGCUUAAUUACCGCCAAGCUGCUGGUAGAGCCGGUCGUCGAGGAUUUGACAUGCUCGGAAAUGUCAUUUUCCAAGGUAUCCCCCAUGCCAAGGUGUGCCGUCUGAUUAGUUCGAGACUUCCACAUCUAAACGGCCAUUUCCCAAUCACCACCAGUCUGGUACUCCGGUUGUGUACCCUUUUGCAUGAGUCGAAGAAUGCGCCUUAUGCUGUCAAAGCGAUCAAUUCCAUUCUGUCCUGCCCGCGGAUCUAUCUGGGCGGGCCCGAAAUGAAGGAUACCGUACUCCACCACCUGCGAUUCUCAUUGGAGUACCUUCGACGUAACGACCUUCUGGACCGCAAUGGAGCACCCUUGAAUUUUGCAGGAUGUGUCAGUCACUUGUACUACACGGAGAACUCGAGUUUUGCAUUCCACGCAUUGCUCAACGCCGGCUACUUUCACGGCCUUUGCGCGCAAAUUAAUCACAAGCCCCAAACUACGCUGCUAUCGCUGAUGCUUGUUAUGUGUCACUUGUUCGGCCGGCAGUAUGUUCGUCAGGCCAUUCUCGAACAGGACCUAGGCACGACCAGAAAAUCGACUUCUAUUGUUGUCCUGCCCACUAUGCCGAAGAGUGCGGUAAGCAUUCUACGGAAGCACGACGAGAAGACGCUCGAUGUGUACAAGGCCUAUGUCGCCACUUUUAUUGAGCAGCACAUCACUGAACCCGACCGCAUUCUUCCAUUCACGAAUACCAAAUGUGGAGGCAACAAGUCAUCAACGGAACUGGGUAUCCUGCCGUCUGCUUCCACACGAAGGAUACGCAUUACUUCUCCAUUUCACGCGUUGUCAGGGCAUGGGGACAAUUGGAGCCAAAUCUCGGAGCUCUGUCAAACCAUUCGCAGCGGAGUGUGGCUUGAAGAAGCCGUCGUUCCAUACGUGGGCGUGUACCCAAACGAAGGUGCACCUCUCAAUGCCUAUCUGUACGACUUCUUCAAGCAUGGCAACGUCCGUGCAUUGGAACGAGAAAACGGUGUCCGUAAGGGCGACAUCUGGUUCGUGCUCAAUGAUUUCUCGCUCAUACUUGCGACGAUCGUGGCGAGUUUGGAAAACUUCCUGAAACUGGCACCUGGCACUGAACUUGACAUGUUGGAUGUGAUGGGUGGAGGCGAAGCUUACGAGAGGGAGAUGGACGGCACACUCAGCGAGGCGUGUGUCAACGAGGAAGACAUUGGAGCGGCAACGUCCACACAUAAAUCCAGGUAUCAGCAGUCUAGAAAUGACUUGACUCGUCCUGUAGCCCCAACGCACUCGAAUGCUGAGAAUAUGAGAGUGGCGGAGAAUUGGGAUGACGAUUUGGAUGAUGGGGCCGGAGAAACCAAGGACGGCAACGAAGAUGCCCCGAAAGGUCUAGAUGAUGUCUUGAAGCUGGCCAGGGAAGCAAAGGAGAAAGAGAAGGCAGAUAGGAGAAAAGACCGGGCGACACAAGGCAUGGGUGAAGGACCUACAGAGCCUGCCGGCAGGCAGGUCAAUUCCGCUACUGAAAAAGACGCGGAUGAUCGUAUUCUGUUAGUGUUGAAGGCUUUCAAGGUGCUACAGAACGAGUUCAACGCGAAGUUCAGGGCCAUGUGGGCAUAG